AUGGCUGCAAGACUCAGCACCAGAGCUGUUAGGCAGGCCACCGUCUCAGCCCGAAACACAUUCAGUCUGUCGCACGCCAGGACAUUCGCGAGUACUUUGCGUCGGGAGGCCAAGAGGACGGCCAUUGUCACUGGUGCCAGUCGUGGAAUCGGCAAGGCAAUUGCUCUUCGUCUCGCCCAGGAUGGCUACGAUCUAUGCAUCAACGAUGUCGAAGCCAACAAGCAGGGUAUCGAUGAUGUCGUCAACCAAGUCAAAUCAACCGGCGUCAAUGCCGUAGGUGCCGUCGGCGACGUCUCGGAUCUUUCACAGGUCGAGUCUGUUAUACAGACCAGCGUCAAGGAACUUGGUCCGCUAAACACAAUGUAA